AUGACAAGGCUCUCGCGAGCCGUCGCUGCAGGCGGCAGUUGCGCGCUGCUCCUCCUAGCCGGCCUGGGAGAAGCGGCGGCGACCAUCACCGGCCUCACAGCAAGGCACGAAGCGGGCCGAUGUGCCAUCCGUGGACAGUGUGGAAAGCGGAGUAUAUUCGGGGCCGAUCUGCCGUGUGUGGACAACGGCCUUGCGACGGAGCCUGAUGAAGAGCUGCGGGAUCAGCUCGUCGGCCUGUGUGGGCCCAAGUGGAAGUCCGGGCCGGUGUGCUGCGAUGGCGAGCAAGUGAAAGCACUCAAAGACAACCUCGCCACGGCGAACCAGCUCAUCUCCUCCUGCCCUGCCUGCAAGGAAAACUUCUACAACCUCUUCUGCUCGUUCACCUGCUCGCCCGACCAAUCGCUCUUUAUCAACGUGACCGACGCCGCCGAGAAGAACGGAAAGCUUCUCGUCACCGAGCUCGAUCAGCUUGUGUCUGAAGAAUACGGUGCCGGCUUCUACGACAGCUGCAAGGAGGUCAAGUUUGGCCCGACCAACUCCAAGGCCAUGGCGCUGAUCGGCGGCGGCGCCAAGAACUACACGGAAUUCCUCACCUUCCUGGGCAAGCAGCGCCUCGGCGGCUCGCCCUUCCAGAUGAACUUUCCCCUCGCGUACCCCGAACCGGGCAUGUCGCCGCGCCAAUCGGUCCCGAAGAAGUGCAACGACGAAGACCCCAACUUCCGCUGUGCCUGCGUGGACUGUCCGGCCGUGUGCCCCGAGCUGCCCGCCCUCAAAAAGUCGACAGAGUGCCAUGUGGGCCUCCUCCCGUGCUUGUCGUUUGCUUCGAUUCUCACGUACUCGGUGCUGGCGGCACUCGUCCUUGUCUGGGCCGGCCUGCGCUUCUGGUACAGGCAGAACCGGAGCCAGGGCCUGCCCCUGCUGCACGACCCCCAUGGCGACGCCGACGACGAAGACGAUGUCGAAGACGACGAGCACCACGCCUUUCUCUAUGGGUUUAUCCGUAGGUCGACCUCGGACGUCGCGGCCGCCGAAGACGCGCCGACCGACUACAUCUUGAACAUCUGGUGCAACAAGGUCUUCCGGAAGCUGGGCCACUGGGCGGCCAGAUUCCCCGGUCUCAGCAUUGGAUGCAGCUUGUUCGUUGCGACCGUGCUGAGCCUCGGCCUCUUCCGCUUCAAGCUGGAGCUCGAUCCGGCGCGGCUGUGGGUCAGCCCGACGUCUGCUGCGGCGCAGGAGAAGGCCUUCUUCGACACGAACUUCGGGCCAUUUUACCGUGCCGAGCAGGCCUUCUUGGUCAACGACACCCUCCCCUCUGGACCUGGCCCUGUCCUCAGCCAGGACACCCUUCAGUGGUGGAUGGGCGUGGAGAAGAGCAUCCGGGAGCUCAAGGGACAAGAGUACGGCGUGACUCUUGACGACGUCUGCCUCAAGCCGACCGGGUCUGCCUGUGUCGUGCAGUCCGUCGCGACCUACUUUGGAAACGAGCCGUCGCUUGUCGACAAGUACUGGAAGCAGACGGUCCGGUCGUGCGCACAGCGUCCAGUCGAAUGCCGCGCCGACUACGGCCAGCCCCUCGAUCCCGAGUCGAUUCUAGGACAGUUCCCGGAUGCCGCGCACGCUGACGAAGCUGCCGGCAUGACGGUUACCUGGGUCGUCAACAACUAUGCCGAAGACACGCCCGAGGUGAAACGGGCCAUGGACUGGGAGCAGGCAUUGAAGAAGCGCCUUCUCGACGUGCAGACAGAGGCUUCCUCCCGUGGCCUCCGCCUGUCGUUCUCGACCGAAAUCAGCCUGGAAGAGGAGCUCAACAAGUCGACAAACACCGACGCCAAGAUUAUCAUUAUCAGCUAUGUCAUCAUGUUCCUGUACGCAUCGAUCGCGCUCGGGUCGACCACGCUCUCCCUUGGCGACCUGUUUCGCCAUUUUGGUGUGUUCCUGGUCGAGUCCAAGUUCGGCCUCGGCUUUAUUGGCGUCCUGAUUGUCGUUCUGUCCAUCACCGCGUCCAUUGGUCUGUUCUCCUGGGCCGGCCUGAAGGCGACACUCAUUAUCGUCGACGUCAUCCCAUUCAUUGUCCUCGCUGUCGGUGUGGAUAACAUUUUCUUAAUCGUUCACGAGUUUGAGCGUGUCAAUAUCAGCCACCGGGACGAAGAGGUUGCACAUCGCGUGGCCUUGGCCUUGGGCCGCAUGGGCCCGUCCAUCCUCUUCUCGGCGAUUACGGAGACGGCGUCGUUUGCGCUCGGUGCGUUUGUUGGCAUGCCUGCUGUCCGCAACUUUGCCAUCUACGCAGCUGGUGCCGUCUUCAUCAACGCCAUCCUGCAGGUGACUGGUUUCGUGUCCGUUUUGGCCCUGAACCAGAUUCGCGUCGAGGAGAACCGUGCCGAUAUCCUGUUCUGUAUCCCAGUCAAAUCCGCGCGGGUUCACCUCAACGAGGAGUACGCCGGCCGGUACAACGAUUCAAACGGCUACAGUGACGAUCUGUCCCGGGAGAGCGUGCUGCAGCGGUUCAUCCGCCAGCGUUAUGCGCCUACACUGCUAAAGAAGAGCGUCAAGGCAGGUGUUUUGAUUUUCUUCACGGGCCUGUUUGCUGCGGGCAUUGCCCUUCUCCCCUACGUCGAGCUUGGCCUCGACCAGCGGGUUGCGAUCCCCGACGACUCCUACCUCAUCCCCUACUUUAACGAUUUGUACGACUACUUCGAGUCUGGCCCCCCGGUCUAUUUUGUGACGAAGGACCUCAAUGCGACGCAGCGGUCGCACCAGCAGGAGCUCUGCUCGCGCUUCCCAUCGUGCCAGCUUACGUCCCUGACGGGCAUUCUCGAGCAAGAGCGCAAGCGGUCCAACGUGUCUUACAUUGCGUCGCCCGCGGCCAGCUGGAUUGACGACUUUUUCUUGUGGCUCAACCCCGACUUUGAGAGCUGCUGUGUCGAGCAUGGCAAGCCGUGUUUCGCUGGCCGUACCCCGCCUUGGAACGUGACACUCUCCGGCAUGCCAGAAGGCGACGAGUUUGUCCACUACCUCGAGAAGUUUAUCAACGCGCCAACCACCGAAGACUGCCCCCUCGGCGGCCAGGCGACGUACGGUCAGGCGCUGGUCAUUGACGCGGAGCAUGACACGCUGCCUGCCACGCACUUCCGCACGAUGCACACGCCACUCCGCAGCCAGGACGACUUCAUCCAGGCCUAUGCCUCGGCACGGCGGGUGGCCUCGGACAUUACGGCGUCCACGGGCGUCGAGGUGUUCCCCUACAGCGUGUUCUACGUCUUCUUUGACCAGUAUGCAACGAUCGUGUCGCUUUCGGCGACGCUGCUGGGCUCGGCCAUGGCCAUCAUCUUUGCCGUUUCUUGGCUCAUCCUCGGCUCCUUUAUGACAGCCGCCGUCGUCGCGUGCACGGUGGCCAUGACCAUCUGCGACAUUGUCGGCGCCAUGGCCGUCAUGGGCGUGUCGCUCAAUGCCGUGUCCCUGGUCAAUCUGGUCAUUUGCGUGGGCAUCUCGGUCGAGUUCUGUGCCCACAUUGCACGGGCCUUCACGUUCCCGUCAGGUCUCCUCCGCCACAACGCGCGCACACGCUUCCCGGAUGCGCGCGCACAGCGCGCCUGGGCGGCCCUCGUCAAUGUGGGCGGCUCCGUGUUCUCGGGCAUCACGCUCACGAAGCUGCUCGGCGUCACUGUGCUUGCCUUUACGCGCAGUAAGAUCUUUGAGAUCUACUACUUCCGCGUCUGGGUGGCGCUCGUCGCCUUUGCCUCGACGCACGCGUUAAUCUUCCUGCCCGUUGCGCUGAGCGUCGCGGGCGGCCGCGAGUACCUCGACGCUGACGGUGAGGGCGGUCUGCCAGCCGACCUGGCCAGCCGCCUGCGCGACGCCGAGGACACGUCGGACGACGAGGAUGGCCUGUUGUAG